AUGGGUGAUGUUGAGAAGGGCAAGAAGAUUUUUAUUCAGAAGUGUGCCCAGUGCCACACUGUGGAAAAAGGAGGCAAGCACAAGACUGGGCCAAAUCUGCAUGGUUUAUUUGGGCGUAAGACAGGUCAAGCCCCUGGGUUCUCUUACACGGAUGCCAAUAAGAACAAAGGUAUCACCUGGGGAGAGGACACACUGAUGGAGUACUUGGAGAAUCCCAAGAAGUACAUCCCUGGGACAAAAAUGAUCUUUGCUGGCAUUAAGAAGAAGGCAGAAAGGGCAGACUUGAUAGCUUAUCUCAGGAAAGCUACUAAUGAGUAA